CCACGCCACCCGAGUAGCCCAAGAUGGACUCGGACCUUAUCAAGCUCGUGAACAAGCUCCAGGACACGUUCAGCAACCUUGGCGGGGAGCUGGACAUGCCACAGCUUGUUGUCGUCGGGAGCCAGUCCGCUGGCAAGUCGAGUGUCCUCGAAAACAUCGUCGGGCGCGACUUCCUCCCGCGCGGCUCAGGCAUCGUCACCCGCCGCCCGCUCGUCCUCCAACUCAUCCACACACCCGUCCCCGAGCCAUCCGCCGACGGCUCGACUUCAAGCGCACCCCGCGAAUGGGGCCAGUUUCUGCACAUCGACCGGCGGUUCACGAGCUUCGACGAGAUCCGCAAGGAGAUUGAGCAGGAGACGUUCCGCGUCGCGGGGCAGAAUAAGGGCAUCAGCAAGCUUCCGAUUUCGCUGAGGAUAUAUAGCCCGGAUGUGUUGGAUCUGACGCUGGUGGAUCUUCCGGGGCUGACGAAGAUCCCGGUGGGAGACCAGCCAAGCGACAUUGAGCGGCAAAUCCGGAACCUGGUGCAGGAGUACGUGAACAAGCCCAACAGCGUCAUCCUCGCCGUCUCCCCCGCCAACGUCGACCUCGCCAACUCGGAGUCGCUCAAGCUCGCGCGGACCGUCGACCCGCAGGGGCGGCGCACGAUCGGCGUGCUCACGAAGCUCGACCUGAUGGACGCGGGCACGAACGCGCUCGAUAUCCUCACGGGGCGCGUGUACCCGCUCAAGCUCGGCUUUAUCGGCGUCGUGAACCGCAGCCAGCAGGAUAUCAACACGGAGAAGGCCAUGUCCGAUGCGCUCGAGAGCGAGGCGGAGUUCUUUAGGAGUCAUCCGGCGUAUAGGAAUAUUUCACAUAAGAACGGGACGCGCUAUUUGGCAAGGACGUUGAACCAGGUUCUGAUCAACCAUAUUCGGGACAAGCUCCCGGAUAUGAAGGCGCGCCUGAACACGCUCAUGACCCAGGCGCAGCAGGAGCUCAACUCGUUUGGAGACGCCGCGAUCUACGGAGACAAGAACCAGCAAGGCGCCGUCAUCCUGCGCAUGAUGAAUCAGUUCGCGUCCGACUUUGUCGCCUCCGUCGAGGGCACGAAGAUGAACAUGACGACGAAGGAGCUCUCGGGCGGCGCGCGCAUCUACUACAUCUUCAACGACGUCUUCGGGCACGCGCUCGCCUCGCUCGACGCGACGCACAACCUCGACAACCAGGACAUCCGCACGGCCAUCCGCAACUCAACCGGCCCGCGCCCGAGUCUGUUCGUGCCCGAGGCGGCGUUCGAUCUGCUCGUGAAGCCGCAGAUCAAGCUGCUCGAGUCGCCGAGCCUGCGCUGUGUGGAGCUGGUGUACGAGGAGCUGGUCAAGAUCUGUCAUAACUGUACUUCGAUGGAAAUGGAGCGGUUCCCCAGGCUGCACGCACAGCUCAUCGAGGUCGUCUCGGAACUCCUGCGCGAACGGCUUGGCCCCACGUCCGAGUACACGCAGAGCCUCAUCGAGAUCCAGGCGGCAUACAUCAACACGAAUCACCCCGCGUUUAUCUCGGGCUCUGCGGCUGCUGCGAACGCUGCGAGCGCUCCGCCGCCCAGGCCCGCUGUCAUGCCUCCACGGCCUUCGAGUACGGAGCCCAUGAACGGCAUCGGAGGUCCCGACGACGAAGACGACGCCUCGAUCGACGAAAACCUCCUAAACGGCUCCUCGGCGCGCUCCGCCGACCGCGAGCGCCCGCGGACGACGACGCCCACGCCCACCUCGUCGAAAUCCAAAAUCCACGGCCACCGGCACACGUCCGGCCAGUCCGCGACCGGCCACCUCAGUGUGAGCAGCGGCUCGAGCACGGGCUCGAGCGUCGUUGCUUCGGUGGGCGCAAUGCAGCCGGGCACGUCGCCGCACUCGGCCAAGGAGACGUUCCUCAACUACUUUUUUGGGCAGAACGGGCCCGGGCCCAUCGCGGGUCCCAGCGGCGCGGGCCACCAGGACGGCGGGGGCGGGCGUGCCCAUGUUAAUGGUGUGAACCAUCCAGUGCCAAUUGGGCGGGACGUGUCGAAUGCGCAGAGUCCCGGGCCGACGGGCUUGAUGGCAGGGAAGAGGACCCUCGACGGGAACAAUGCGGCGUACGAUAUGCGGAGCCUGGGCAAGCACAUCGAGGCGGUCCCGUCCACGGAGGGCGGCUCGCAGCUCUCGAUGCGCGAGGAGAUGGAGACGUCGCUGAUCCGGUCGCUCAUCGCGUCCUACUUCUCCAUCGUGCGGCAGUCGAUCCAGGACCUCGUCCCGAAGGCGAUCAUGCACCUGCUCGUGAACCACUCGUGCCACCAGGUGCAGAACCGGCUCGUCGCGACGCUGUACAAGCCCGAGCUGUUCCCGGACCUGCUCAACGAGGACGAGGCACUCGUCGCGGAGCGCGCGCGCGUCAAGGCGCUGCUCGACGCGUACAAGGACGCGUUCAAGACGCUCGCGGACGUCAACCUCAAGCCGACGUAGACGAUGUUGUUUCGUUCGUUCGUUAUACACGAUAUCGCCAUGAUUUUGUUUGUUUCCGUAUCGUUUAUUGGUACUACCACGAUUGACUAUAGACACGCAUUACUUUCUUCCUUUCUUCUAUCGAACGUAGCAUGGGAAUAACCUUGCAUGUCGAGGCUGGACGCUCCC